CCAGAAUCAUGGCAAAUAUCAAGAUGGCGGUGUGAUUUUUCUCGUAAAUUCUCGUUUGUUGUUAUUACGUUUCUUUUUUUAAAGUAAACAAAAGGAAAAUAAAAGUGUAUAUAAACAAUAUUGUCAAAAAUUUAAUAUAUUCAUCUUAAUAAUUUAUCAAGUACAAAGAAAUUAAUUAAUAAUGCCACCUAGAAAUGAAGACAUCCUCAAAGGAUUUCAAGUAAAUUGGAUGAAUCUUAGAGAUGCUGAUACUGGAAAAAUUAUAUGGCAAGGAAAUGAAGAUUUAUCAGUACCAGAAGUUGUACAUGAAGCAAGAGUACCUAAAAAAAUAUUACGUUGUCGUGCUGUAUCACGUGAAAUAAAUUUCAGUUCAGUUGAGCCACUUGAAAAAUUUAGAUUAGAACAAAAAGUAUUAUUUAAAGGACAAUGUUUAGAAGAAUGGUUAUUUGAAUUUGGUUUUGUUAUACCAAAUAGUACAAAUACAUGGCAGAGUCUCAUUCAAGCUGCUCCAGAAAGUCAAAUGAUGCCAGCAUCAGUUUUAAAUGGAAAUGUUGUUAUUGAAACUAAAUUUUUUGAUGGUGAUACACUUGUCUCAACUAGUAAAGUACUUUUAUUCUAUGUUUAAAUUAAUACUUUAUGCUAGAUAAAUUAAUUUUACAUAUUAAGGGUCCAAUAAAAUAAUAGCUUCUACAUAAUUAUAUCGUGGAUAAUUAUGACAACGAUAAAUGAAGCAACGAAUAAAAUCGAAAAAUACUAGUCGAUGCACCUUAAUUAAAUAUUUUUAUAUAAAUAAGUUUUUUUCUUUUUUUUUUUUU